CACGCGCAUCUCCUAUCCCCCGGCUGACUGUUUUGUGAGAUAAAUCGAUCCUGGUCUCUUUUCGUAGUGGACUCGCGAUUUUCGGGAGCAGUUCGCCUAAUUCGACUAGAUUAAUUAUCCAAGAUGUACUACUCGAUGCGGGCAACCUUGUCCUACAUUUUCUUCGCAACACUUUCUGCAGCAUUAACAAUAAUAAUCCUCUACUAUGUGGUUACUGGCAAAGGAGAAAGGAUAAGCGUAGGAUGGUUCCUUGAGGACACAUCACCACACAUGUGGGCGUCAAUUGGAAUCGGCCUUGCUGUGUCCCUGUCCGUCGUUGGAGCUGCCAUGGGAAUCCACACAACAGGCGUCAGUAUUGUCGGAGGUGGAGUCAAGGCACCAAGGAUCAAAACCAAAAAUUUGAUCUCAGUCAUUUUCUGCGAGGCUGUGGCCAUUUAUGGUCUGAUCACAGCCAUUGUCCUCUCUGGCAUGCUCGAGGACUUCACCAAGGACAAGCUUCUGGAAAACGAUGCCCUCCGUGGCAUGAACUGGUUCUCUGGCUACCUCAUGUUCGGCGCAGGACUUAGCGUGGGACUUGUGAAUUUGUUCUGUGGCAUUGCUGUCGGUGUUGUCGGUUCUGGAGCUGCGCUUGCUGAUGCUGCCAACUCUGCACUAUUCGUCAAAAUUCUGAUCGUCGAGAUUUUCGGAAGUGCCAUUGGUCUCUUUGGACUUAUUGUCGGAAUUUAUAUGACCUCCAAGGUGAAGAUGGGAGACAAAUUGUAAACUUUGAAGCACAAAUAUGUAUUUAAGAAAGCGAGUGAGCGGUAUAACUACGUAGCUUCAUGUUUCACUUUCGCAACCAUCUCUAGUCCAGAUUGGUUGAGGCAAAUUAAAAAAUGUCAUCAAUAAUUCUGAACAAUAUGUAAGAUCAAUAUUUACCAUCAAAUCCCCAAAUUUCAGCAUUCCACUGGUACAUGUCUUACGCGAGAAAAUUUCCAUAAAUGUGUAUUUAAUGUGUAUUAUAUUAGAGGAUAUUAUUGGGACGUGUACAUAAACAACUAAUAAAACGUAGGUGUUAAUGUUAA